AGCGAUUAGCGAAAUGGUAUAAAAAGAGGCAAAAAUUUGAUUCAAGACAACAAUUGCCAUUGUUAAUUUGUUAAAAUGGGCAAGCUAUUAGCGCUACUGGCGGUUCUCUCUCUUGGCCAAAUAAUUGCGGGCGAACGCAUUGUCAACUGCUAUUGGGGAACUUGGGCAAAUUACCGAGCUGGCAAUGGAAAAUUUGAUGUAUCCAACAUCGAUCCCAGCUUAUGCACACAUCUGAGUUAUUCAUUCUUUGGAAUCAACAACAAUGGUGACAUUCAAUCGCUGGACACAUGGCUGGACUAUGACUUGGGCUUCAUAAGACAAGCAGUAGGCUUGAAGAGCCGGAAUCCCAACCUGAAGGUUCUCGCUGUGAUUGGUGGUUGGAACGAGGGCUCGGUGAAGUACUCGUCCAUGGCCGGCGACUGGAACAAACGUCGCAAUUUCAUAAACUCCGCUCUGAACUUGCUGCGUAACAAUGGCUUCGAUGGCUUGGAUCUUGACUGGGAGUACCCCAACCAACGCGGUGGCAAUUGGGCAGAUCGCUCCAACUUUGUCACUCUUCUGCGCGAGCUGAAGGAAGCCUUUGCUCCCUACCGUUAUGAACUGGGUAUUGCUGUCGGUGCUGGAGAGUCUAUUGCCAGCAGCUCCUAUGAAAUUGCUAACAUUGCUCAGCAGGUGGACUUUAUCAACGUUAUGACCUAUGACUUUGCUAUGGCCUCUGAUGGAAAGACUGGAUUCAAUGCCCCACAAUGGGCCGUCGAAGACUCCAUCAACUACUGGCUCAGCCAGGGUGCCCCGGCUCAUAAACUUGUGCUUGGAGUCGGUACUUAUGGACGCUCAUUCCAACUGUCCAAUCCCUCUCAGAACUGGCCAGGAGCUCCGUGCCGUGGUGUCGGUAAUGCCGGCGCCUACACCGGUGAUGGUGGCUACUUGGGAUAUAACGAGAUUUGCCAGUACAACUGGCACACCGUUUUCGACAACAACAAUGCCGCUCCCUAUGCCUACUCCGGAGAUCAAUGGGUCAGCUAUGAUAAUGUUCUCAGUGUGCAGUGGAAAAUGGAUUUCGCCCUUCGCAAGAACUUAGGUGGCGCCAUGGUUUGGUCUCUGGAAACCGACGACUAUCGCGGUCUCUGCGGCGAGACUUACCCUCUCCUUAAGACAAUCAACAGAAAGUUGCGUUGGUAAAUUCGACAUAAAUAAAGAACAAGUAUAAAACAAA